CAGAUCGCCAACAUGGCGUCCAAAACAAGAUGGCGCCUGCUAGCGGUUUGCGCGGUUUGCUCCUUCCAGUUUUUGGAGGUUAAGUCUUCGCAGGAGAUUAUGAAGAAAUUGACCACGGGUUUCGCGAAAGCUCUGGAUGAAUGUAAGAAAGAGCUGAACUUAGGCGACCACAUCAUGCAAGACUUCAUCAACUACUGGAAAGAGGAGUAUGAGCUGAUCAAUAGAGACGUGGGUUGUGCCAUCAUGUGCAUGGCGUCCAAACACGAUCUUAUCACUGAUGAUAUGAAGCUGCAUCACGGCAAGACUCAUGAGUUUGCGAAAACUCAUGGAGCUGACGACGACAUGGCAAAGCAAAUAGUGUCAAUGAUCCACGAAUGUGAGAACACACACGCAGAUAACAAUGAUGACUGCAACAAGACCCUGGAGAUAGCCAAGUGCUUCAAAACUAAGAUACACGAGCUGAAGUGGGCUCCAUCCAUGGAGACCAUUAUUGAAGAGUUACUGACUGAUAUUUAGGAUAAGGAUAGUCUCAAAUCUUUCUAAAUUUUAAGAUGUUAUGCU